AUGCCUUCUUCCAGCGCCACGGCCUCUUCGGAGGGGGCCCCUCUAGCAGAUUACUUCUGGAUAGCUGGUGUCGACGGUUCAGAGGUCUUCGAAACUUACAAGCGACUGGGAGACGAUUAUCGCAUAAUAAACAACGCCAACAACAUUCCCGGUCCGGCACUCGCAGACGCCAUUCAAGAGGAUGCCGAUGCCGAGGAGGAACACGACAUGUUAGACGGCCGCCCCGGCUCAACGAUCAUAAAAGGUCCCACUCGGCGCGCGUCCUCGCAGAGACUAUCCACUCAAUCCAAAGACUCGGAUCGAACCAACGGCGGCAAUAACAGCAACCGAAGCAGUGUCACCGUUAAAGGAGGCGCGUCUUCCCCACUUCGAAGCUCCGCUUUGUUCUCGGAGGAUUUCGAUUUCGACUCAGCCUUGCUAAAGUUCUCUUCGGAGAGAGAGGUCUUUUUGACGGAUUUGAAUGUUAGCGCAGGCGUCGUUACUCCGACUUCGCGCCCGCGAUCUCGCGUGCGCACUCAGAAGAUUGUUGCCGAGGAUGCGCCGUCGCAAGGCUCUGGCCUCCUUAGAUCUGGUAUCGGGAGUGUACGACGACACAUGGCUUUUAGAGAUAUGAACAGUAUGAAGCGACAGCCUUCAAUUGCCCGCCAAUCUUCUGUGCGAACUUCGCGACGAUUGAGUAACUACAACUCGGUGAUUCCAGUUCCGCAACCCCUCGAAAUUUCCCCUACGAUGCAUCCGUUGAAGCGCCGAUUUGAACCCGUUUUGCUCGACCGAUACCCUACCAGAGGCAUGACCGAUGAGUUGAAACAGCGCGGCAAAUUUCCCGAUUACAUUCCUAUGUUUGCAUUCCCGAACGAUAUCAACAUCGUAUCCUCCGAUGAACGGCCGCGAUCUACCUGGCACGGGUUUGCCAUGACCACCGAGAACGGUAACAAGCUACAUGCAAUAUGCGUGAUCAUCUGGAUUCCUCUGAAUCACCAAGCAGCGGAUGAACUCGAAAGGCGUUGCGAAGAAUGGCGACGGGAUAAUAUGACGGACGAGGAGCGCGAGUUGGCAGCGAGUCUGGGCGAGAGACUGGCAUCUGAGCGGGCUAAGCUGUCACAACUGCUUGCCCAAUUACCGAAUGUAGUGUCUGGAUCGGAAUCCCGUGAAAGGCUCGAGGAUGAGAUUAGUGCGGUGGAAGAGAAAAUUGGGCUUAUGACCGAUCUUUUGCGUCCUGUUCGUCAUGGUGCAGCAUCAAAGAUCGAGGGUCUGACGGACGGUGAUACUGGAUUUUGGAUUCCCCGCGCGUACGGUAUCCUUGGCCGGGAGAGCACAAUGACCAGCUUCUGGAAGGAGUGGUUGAAAGCCAUCGUUGUGCCCAUGACAGAGGGUAUUCAACAUGUACCAGCUCCCUCAACACGAAUGGGUGUCUGGCAACCGUUGGAGCGCUAUGUGAUGAAUCUUUGCACUGAGGCGUUCUGUCCGGUGUCCUCCAAAACACAAGUCGAGCUCGCAAUUCGAGAGUUGCGGUUAUUUGCUCGACAGGAAGCAACUAAUGAGCUUCCAGGAUCGCGCAAUACCGAUCUAUAUGCGUUGUUCCGAACCCUUUCAGUCCCUAACAUCGUCAUUCUCUUUGAGUAUGCCUUGACAGAUUCACGCAUCAUCUUCCUGUCCUCCCACACCUCCAUGCUCUACCUCGCGACCAGAGCCUUGGUAGAUCUUUUGUUCCCAAUCCAAUGGACGGGCGUGCUGAUUCCAGUUCUUCCUGCCCGUUUGAUUCAGGCUCUCGAAGCACCCUGCCCAUACAUCGUAGGAAUUGAGCGUCGAUAUGAAAAGGUUGAGCUUCCGACCGACGACUUUGUUCUCGUGGAUCUGGAUUGUGACAUGAUUGAGAGCACAAUCCGCCCAACUUCACUUCCUCGUCACCAGCGCAGGAAGCUAUUGUCGCUUUUGCAAUUGGCUGCUCCUCACCACACCCGUUGCGGCGUCCCAACCGGCCCUCCUGCCUACGCGAUUGAGACUUAUCCGUGGGACAUGUUCAUGUCGGAAAGUUCAGCGACAUACACAUCGAAAGCACAGGCAACCAAUCUUGCCAAGUAUGUGGGUAUCAAUUCCGGCGCAUUCGGCUCCAGUGCCGUACCUCCCAAUUCCUGCCAACCACCUAUAUUCAACGCUUUCUUGCAUGCGCGUCAAGAGCAUGGCUCCUCGCGUGGAUAUUCAUCCAAGGGCAAUGACCGAUUUGGCAACGGCUCGCCUAGGAUGACUGGCUCUCCCCCUUCUCCAAGGGAGAUCUCUCCUUCUUCCAGUCACUUCCCUCCGCCGCCACCUACACCUCCGUCGCGGAAUGACUCCGGUAUGGCACUGCAGGCCACAUUGCGUGAGAAGCGUUCAGGUCAUUUUGACGCGGCAUCGCGCAGAAGUUCAUCCUUUGGAAUUGGUGGUCGCCGUCCCAGCGCGCCAUUCCUUGGACACGCAUCCAACCUGUCCGUUAGCACUAUGAACAACAAUGAAUUCGGCCAGGGCUCAACUUAUGCCCCAUCUGUCUACGCCCAAUCCACCAUUGCUGCUUCCACGAUUGUCCCCCAGGGUUUUGUACAGCCAGUCAGCAAUGCGGAGGGAACUUGCUGGGUCGAGGGUCACUACUUCCAGACUCAAGCGUGGGAUGAGAAGUUGGUAUGUAGUAUCUGUGACGAGCAAGCAGAGGAUAAUAUGCUCAAGUGUACCGCGUGCAAGUUGAUCGUUCACAACCGUUGUGCUUCGCAGGUCUGCUUAGUCUGUGAAGCUGCCUUCCACCCUGAUCAAGUCCGUGCAGCAUUUGUUCGAUGCUUUGCCAGCUUGUUCUACACGUACAAGAAGUUCCUCACACCAGCCAGUGGUGACAAGAAGAAGGCGGGGCUAUAUUACAGCUUCAACAUGGACGCCUUCCUUAAGAGCCUGCCAAGUGAGCAUGCUGAAUACAUGACCGUUUUGCAACAGACACAGGGAUUCAAUGAAUUCAUCAGUGACCGAGAGAGAACCAACCCGAAGACCAAAGAUUCGAAAAUGGCUCUCUUCGAUGAGAUCGUUCUCUCCAAGCGUAAUCGUGGCCGUGCAUCGAUCUUCUCCGGUCGUAUGACCACCACCUUUCUGUCAGACACUUCAAGUCAUCUUUGGCGCACUGCAAAUGCCACGUUCUUCGUGCCAGGCAGUCGCAGUCAGAAUAAUAUCCCUAGUGACUUCAGUCGCAUCGCCGCAAGAGCUCCUUCUAAAUUGGACUCCAGUCUCAUGUCAGAACCCCGCAUGAUCCACGGGGCUCCUCGAGUUUCCAAGACGGCAAAUAACGCCCGUAGAAAGCCACUACCCAAGCUGAUGGGGGGCCUGGCGAUAUCUCCACCAAGCUAA